AUGCACUCUUUUUCUUCUUCCUUUGAUUCACCAUCAUGCCGCCCUGACCAAAGUUCUGCUCUACUCCAUUUCAAAAACUCAUUUUCCAUUACAAAACUUGAUCCUUCUGAUUUAACUGAUCCCUAUUCUAUGUCUUUUCUUUUCUAUCUUAGUUGUGCAGACGAUAAUAACACCAUUCCAUACUCCAAGACAUCUUCUUGGAAAAAUGGUACAAAUUGUUGCUUAUGGGAUGGGGUCUUUUGCAAUCCAUUAGGUCACGUAAUUAAUCUCGGCCUUAGUUGUGGAUUCCUUCGUGGUAAAAUUCUUCCCAACAAUAGUCUCUUCCAACUUACCCCUCUUCAAAUGCUUGACCUUAGCUUCAAUGACUUUCAGAAGUCUCACAUACCAUCCAACUUUUCACAACUCGUAAGUUUGACGCACUUGCGCAUCACUUCUUCUGGCUUUUCUGGUGAAGUUCCAACUCAAAUUUCUCAUCUACACAAAUUGGUUUCUCUUGAUCUCAUGGAUCCUGUAAGUUUUAAACCAAACACUUGGGAGACACUAACAAAAAAUGCCACUCAUAUAGAGGAUAUUUCGCUGUCAGGUGUGGAUAUGUCAUCAAUAUCACCAAGUCAUAUAUUCAAGAAUAUUUCAUCUUCUUUGAUCUCUCUCAGUUUUGUUGGCAAUGGAUUGCAAGGCAAUUUGGGAGACGAAAUCUUCUCUUUUCCACAUAUUCAGGAGAUAAAUUUGGAUGGUAACGAGAAUCUCAUAGGCUAUCCUCCAAAGUCGAAUUGGAGUCAAAUAGGUGAAAUAUCCUCUCAUUCAUUGGAAUUUCUUGAUGUGUCUAAUAACAAGUUGUCCGGUCCAAUUCCAAGGUCAAUUUAUUCCCUUGAGAACCUUACAUAUCUAAACCUUGCUUACAACUUUCUCGUAGGAAGUUUGCAGUUGCACCACUUGUCAUUGAAGUACAUGCAGUACUUUGACUUGAGUAACAACUCGCUUCAAGCAGAGAUUACUUCUUCUAUUUGUAAUGCUAUCUCACUUGAAUUUCUAAGCUUGUCCCACAACUACUUCACCAGCACCAUUCCACACUGCAUUAGUAGCUCACUUGAAAUUUUGAACUCGUCUCAUAGCAAAUUCUCGGGCACCAUUCCGCACUACAUUGGUAGCUCUAGUGUCGCUCUUUCUGUGAUGGAUUUGCAAAUGAAUCAAUUUUCUGGCACAAUACCUGAAUCAUUUGAAGCGGGCAACAAUUUGAUGACCAUAAAUUUUAAUGGCAAUCUAUUGGGAGGGCCAUUUCCUCGAUCUUUGAUCAAUUGCACCAAAUUGAAAGUCUUAGAUCUUGGUAGAAAUGGCAUAGAGGAUGCUUUUCCCCAUUGGCUUCAUGUGCUUCAAGAACUACAAAUACUUGUUCUUAAAGAGAAUAAGUUACAUGGUUCGAUUUCUAGUUUCAAGGAUGAAACCAAGUUUGCCUUCCCAAAGUUGAGAGUUUUGGACCUGUUAAACAAUAAUUUUAGUGGCCAUCUACCUGCAGCAUUCUUCAAAUCUUUUAAAGCUAUGAGACAUGCAGAGGAAGGAGAAUCUGGCUUGCAUUACGUGGGUUAUGAAAACAACACCAGAGUACAUUAUGAAGACUCCAUCCAGUUAAUCAUGAAAGGACAUGGCAUUCAUUUAGAAAAGAUCUUGACUGUGUUUACAACAAUUGAUGUAUCCAACAACAUGUUCAAAGGAAAAAUUCCACAAGUUAUUGGAGAGCUUGGUGCUUUGAAGGGACUCAAUUUUUCACAUAAUCAGCUCACUAGUGUAAUUCCAAGCGCAAUUGGCAAUUUGAAGAAGUUGGAAUCUUUGGACUUGUCAUCAAACAAGCUCAUAGGAAAAAUUCCUCCAGAAUUGGCUAGUCUAGACUCUCUUGGGUACUUGAACCUGUCACAGAAUCAGCUUGAAGGAUGUAUUCCUACAGUCCCUCAUUUUGACGCAUUCUCAAGUGAUUCCUUUAAAGGAAACAAUGGCUUGCGUGGAUUUCAACUUGACAUUCCAUGCGUCACUCAUGAGAAAAGUCAACCACGACUACCAAGUUCAACUUCUGAUGCUGGGUUUUUUGAAUUUGGAUGGAAACCUAUUCUGUUGGGUUAUAUGUGUGGACUCUCAUUUGGAGCAUCAAUGUUUUGGGUUGUGAUUUUCUAG